UUUUUGAGGUUUGACAAAGUGUGGAGUGGAAGCUGAGGAAGAGGAGGCGGGAAACACAGCAGUGUUUUCUCUGAGACGGCAAACUUUCCAUCCCCCCCUUUUUGUUUUUUUUUUCUCGAUUAAUUUCUGAUUGGGAACCCAAACUCCUUCUGGUGUCAUGGGUAUUAAGGGUUUAACGAAGCUUCUGGCUGACAAUGCCCCAAAGGCCAUGAAAGAGCAGAAAUUCGAGAGCUUCUUCGGCCGCAAAAUCGCCAUAGAUGCCAGCAUGAGCAUCUACCAGUUCCUCAUUGUUGUUGGAAGAAGUGGGACUGAAAUGCUCACAAAUGAGGCUGGCGAAGUUACUAGUCAUUUGCAAGGAAUGUUUUCUCGGACAAUUAGGCUUCUGGAGGCUGGAUUGAAGCCUGUUUAUGUUUUUGAUGGGAAGCCUCCAGAUUUGAAAAAGCAAGAGCUUGCAAAACGUUUCUCAAGGAGGGCAGAUGCCACUGAGGAUUUGACAGAAGCCUUAGAGACUGGCAAUAAAGAAGAGAUUGAAAAAUUCAGUAAAAGAACAGUGAAGGUGACAAAGCAACACAAUGAAGAUUGCAAAAAGCUUUUAAGACUGAUGGGAGUGCCUGUAAUUGAGGCUCCUUCUGAAGCAGAGGCACAGUGUGCUGCACUUUGCAAAUCAGGGAAGGUCUAUGCUGUGGCUUCUGAAGACAUGGAUUCCCUAACUUUUGGAGCUCCUAAAUUUCUUCGUCACUUAAUGGACCCUAGCUCAAGAAAAAUCCCAGUGAUGGAAUUUGAUAUUACAAAGAUUUUGGAGGAGCUGAAUCUUACCAUGGAUCAAUUCAUUGACCUGUGCAUUCUUUCAGGGUGUGAUUAUUGUGACAGCAUUCGAGGUAUUGGGGGGCAGACUGCAUUGAAGCUCAUCCGCCAACAUGGCUCCAUCGAGAAUAUAUUGGAGAACAUAAACAGAGAAAGGUACCAGAUACCUGAUGAUUGGCCAUAUCAAGAGGCUCGGCGCCUUUUUAAAGAACCCCAAGUCUUUUCUGAUGAUGAGCAACUUGACAUCAAGUGGAGUGCUCCAGAUGAAGAAGGGUUGAUAACCUUUCUGGUGAACGAAAAUGGAUUCAACAGUGACAGAGUAACAAAGGCAAUAGAAAAAAUCAAAACAGCCAAGAAUAAAUCAUCACAGGGCCGAUUAGAAUCAUUCUUUAAACCAGUCGUUAGCUCAUCAAUACCCAUCAAGCGUAAGGAAACAGAGGACAAGGCUACAAAGGAAACUACUAACAAAAAGUCGAAGGCUGGUGGUGGAAGCAAGAGGAAGAAGUAGCUGUGUUGCCAUUAUAGCACCUGAAGUUGGAUUAAUGGAACCGAGCCAUUUGACAAGUUUGUACUACUUGUUCCUCCGGAGGUUGUAUGGAAACUGCAAAUGCUGUAAUUGAGCCAAUCUGUUUUGUCAUGUUAUAUGAGUUGCGAGUUUCAACAAAUGGUUUCAUGGGAUCCAUGUAAUCUGCAGACUCCUGCUUUUCUUCUACAACUUUCUGCAUUACCUAUAAACCGGCCAUGAUGCUUUCUGUUUAUUCAAAAUCUGAGUUGGGUCAUUUUAUAUAAUGCUUUGCCUGUUAAAA